AUGGACGAAGACUCAAUCCAUGAAGACAUUGAUCAGCCUGACAGCACUACUGAUAGGUUGCAUGACUUAGCAUUGGAGACGGAUGAUUCUUCAGAGGGUCACACUUUCGACGAGCUUGUAGGCAGAUUAUUGGCAAUGCCAACGUCAAAAAGUGAGCAAAAGUUUGUGCCGUCAUUCCUAUGUCUUUACCGGGCUUUCUCAACACCGCUACAACUCCUGAUAGCGAUCAUCGAACAGUUUGGCAAGACCAAGACCGGCAAUAUGGUUGUCUUUACCAAGGCCGCAGAACUGCUACGUUACCUCUCAGUUCUAGGCACAUGGACAACAUACUACCCUGGAGACUUUGCAGACCCUAAAGUUAGGGAGAUGGCAACCACUUUCGUAACAACGAUCGAGAAAACGAAGAACUACUCUGCUGCGGCCCGACAAGUUUUAAAUAACCUGUCUACUUUCCUACCUGACGAAGACGAGGAAUGGGCUUUCGAAGAGGGAGCAGGGUCAGUUAGAAGCAGGAGCAAUACUACGUCACAAAAGUCGCUAGGCUCAUCCACGAAGAGUGCGAAAGGACGAUACGAAGAGGUGCAAUACGAGGACGAUAGCAGCUGCGAUGACGAGGGACCCACACCGUCUCCGCGACACUCAACGACAACAUCAUCGGCCUCUAGUUUGGCUAAAACAUCACAUAUCUCGAGCCAGACAUCUGACAACUUGCACAAUCUAGAGACGGCUCGAGAACAAGCCCGAAGGUUACGAGUUAUUCCGAGUAUACCUGUCAGCAAGACACGAUGGCAUCAGUUUAUGGAGUGCUCUGUGGAAGACUUGGCUGUCGAGAUUACACGAAUUGACUGGACAAUGUACUCAGCGAUCCGACCUCGAGACUUUGUGCAAUACGUUACAAGAUCAAACAGCCAGCGAGUCAAGACUGGACAGGUCGACUUUAUCGGAAUGAUGACGAAACAUUUCAAUCACCUGGCACUGUUUGUGUCAGGGAUGAUAUUGUUACGCGACAAGCCCAAGCAUCGAGCAAUGAUACUAGCUAAGUUUAUGGAUUUGGCUUGGAAGGUUCGACAAAUGAACAAUUACCAUGCUCUGGGAGCGAUAGUCGCGGCGUUGAAUAGCGAGGAGAUUGUCAGGCUCGGCCAGACCCAUGAACUUCUCACUCAAGAACGGCAGAAACAAUUCCUAAGGCUAAAGAUUCUGAUGGGUCAUCAAAAAUCUCACGCUGCGUACCGGAUGGCGUGGGAAAAUUCAGCAAGCGAGCGCAUACCUUUCCUGCCUCGCAUUCAGGAAGAUCUCACCAAGGCUGCCACGGCCAACGCCACGUUCAUCAAAAACAAGAUUAAUUGGAGCAAGUUUGAGGUGAUGGGAGAGACUAUCAUCAGUGUACAAAAGAGUCAAGACCAGCCAUACGCUUUCCCUGAUCGUACAGUUAAAGGAUCUGAGAUUACAAAGUUGAUCCUGGAAACAAAAGUUCUCGAGGGCGAUGAGGAAUGUGCAGAUCCAAAAGAGGAGUUGUACGAGCGCAGCAAACAGGUCGAGCCUUUGACGACGGGCACGGAAAAGAAAAAGUUUGAUUGGUUGAGGCGUUAA